AUGACUUACACACGUACACGCCUAGACGGAGGGAGUACUAGUAAACAAAUUUCGAGUGGCCAGCAGCCAGGAGGAUCCAUCUCCCUCCCUCGCGGCGUUUCUUGGAUUUGGCUCCGGAGGAGGAAUCCGGAGCGCCCCAUCCGCGUCUCUCGAUCGAAUCGCCGGCCCCCCCCGAUCCCGUCGCCCGGUGCGGUUCGAAUUCGGCCCGGAAUUGGCGUUCGGUUCGGGGGCGGGGCUGGAUUCUUGAUUGGCUGGCCGGGUUGUCUCCGCGGGGAGGCUCCGUCCGCCGGGAAUCGCGCCUUCCUCGUCUGCCCAAGGAAAGAGAGGGGGAGAUCUCGUAGAGUGUUUCGGCGGAUGGCGAUGCAGUGCCUCUGCUCCGGGGAGCAGGCCAAUCUGGUGGAUGAAAAUGGCGAAAUCGAGUUGUAUGCCAAAAAUGACGGCCUUCGGGAAGCCGAGUUGUCUCUCCAGGAGGGUGGAUCCCUUAACUAUGAGGAAGCAAGGGCAUUGCUUGCAAAAGUCGAGUACCAACAGGGGCAUGUUGAAGAAGCACUUCGUGUGCUUGAUGGGAUAAACAUGGCUGAACUAAUUCCUAUGGUGAAAAUGUCCAUCUGUAGAUUAGCAAGGGCCGAUCCACAUUCCAGUUAUCCACCAAUGUCCUUGCAUACUGUUAAUCUAGUAAUGGAGACCAUAUAUCUCAAAACUAUAGCACUUCGUGAUCUUGGGAAGUUCAAAGAAGCUGCACAAGAAUGCAGUACGAUAUUGGACGUUGUAGAAUCGGCACUGCCUAUGGGCUUACCAGCCAAGUUUGGAGAUGGUAGUAACUUGAAUGCAACAAUACGCAGUGCCGUUGAGUUGCUUCCUGAGCUAUGGAAAUUAGCGGAUUUCCCUCCUAAAGUGCUCUCUUCAUAUAGGGGGGCUCUUCUUAGUAAUUGGAAUCUGGAUGCAAAGGCCAUUGGUAGAAUACAGAAGGAGUUUGCUAUUUUUCUCCUAUACAGUGGCUGUGAGGCCUGCACUCCACCUCUUCGAUCCCAAUUGGAUGGUUCAUUUGUACCUCGGAAUAAUUUGGAGGAAGCUAUUCUUCUUUUGAUGAUUUUAUUGAUGAAAUUCAACCUUAAGAGGCUUGAGAGAGACCCAACUGUGAUGCAUCAUCUGACUUUUGCAUUGUCCAUAUCAGGACGGUUAAAACCUCUAGCCGGUCAGUUUGAAAAACUAUUACCUGGUGUGUUAGACAGCAGAGAGUGGUUGUACAAUGUUGCACUGUGUUACCUAGCAGAAGAAGAUGAUCUAGCUGCCCUCAAUCUGCUCAAAAUGAUACUAAGAUUUGGAGAGGACCCCAGUUGUCUCAAAGAACUUCUUCUAACUUCAAAAAUUUGUAGCGAGAACGGUGCACAUGCUGAAGAAGGUGCAUCCUAUGCACGCAGAGCCCUUGCUAGUCUCGAUGGAGGUUGUGACCAGUUAGAGGUUGUCGCGGACCUUCUACUUGGCAUUUCCCUCUCCCAUCAAGCUAGAUAUGCUCCGAGUGGUACGGAGAGGGCUUCUCAGCAGCGUGAAGCCCUGAAGGUGCUUGGUGUUGCUGAAAAGAAGAUGCAAGACAAAGAUUUUAGGGUACUGUACAAUCUGAGCCUUGAAAAUGCUGAGCAGAGGAAACUAGAUGCAGCAGCACUUUAUGCAAAGAAGCUACUGAAAUUGGAGAAUGGUUCAGAAUUAAGGAGCUGGCUCCUUGUAGCUCGUAUCACGAGUGCUCAAAAACGGUUUGAAGAUGCUGAAUCUAUUGUAAAUGCUGCCCUUGAUCAGACUGCAAAGUGGUGCCAAGGAGAUCUGUUGCAAACCAAAGCCAAAAUUCAGGCUGCAAACGGGCAAUUUAAGAAGGCAGUCGAGACUUAUACCCAGCUUCUUGCUGUCAUCGAACUCAGGAAGAAAAGUUUCAACUCUGGGAUUUUUGUAUUACAGGGCACGAAGGAUGAUGGAAGCAUGGAAACAGAGGCAUGGUACAAUCUGGCCCUUCUGUACCUAAGCCUGUCACAGUGGAGGGAUACAGAGCUUUGCAUAUCCAAAAUAAAGGCUAUCAGUGCAUAUUCUCCCUUGGCUUAUCAUGCUACAGGAAAGCUACUUGAAGCAAGAGGGUUUCUAAAGGAGGCUCUUGGAGCAUACUCCAAAGCAUUAGAUCUCGACCCUAAGCACGUACCGAGUUUGAUAUGUGCCGCCGUUGCUCUUCGACAGCUUGGAGGGAGGCCCUUGCCUGCCGCAAGGUGCCUCCUAACUGACGCACUGAGACUGGACAGAACAAACCAUGUUGCAUGGUUUAACCUCGGUCUAACCUAUGAAGAUGAAGGGGGCAGUUCAUCAGCGGCACUCGAAGCUGCGGAAUGUUUUCAGGCGGCUGCCCUUCUCGAAGAAACCGCCCCGGCUGAACCUUUCAGAUAA